AUGAGGGGUAAGAAAAGUAAGACGAGCCAUGAGGCAGGCAGGCAGGCAAGGAAGCAUGGGAAGGGAAGGAUUAAACCAGGCCUUGUGAAACGUGAUGACCAAAGGAUCGAGCAGAGAGGGUGGCUUGUGAACAAAUUGUAUCACACACACCACGUUUCGAGGCUGGGAGUUUGUGGCACACUGGACGUCUGGAACGAGAGCGAGCUGCACAACAGUGCAGUUCAGCAUGUUCUUUCCCAAAAAUCUAUUGUACGGGUCGUACCGAGGUACCUAUAG